GUAAAGCAGAGCUAGAUGGUGGACUGUUGUCGCCGCUGUGGGAGUUGUUGUUAUCAAAACUAACAGCAUAUUUUCCCUUUUUUCUUGAAGCCUUUUUUGGGCACAGUUUUGUAUCCAAACUAAGAGGGGAAGUAAAUAUUUCUGGUUUUGUUGACUGUUCAACCUCCAACUAGCGACCGCGACGAGUCAAGUGGGAACUCUUCACUGCAAUUAACUUUUGUGGAUUUGUUUCUGAUGCUCUAACUGAGAGCCGACAGUUUGCGGCUGUCUGUUGACGGGCUACUGGCUUGAAUUUCUUCCUUGUUUGUUUGUUUGGUCGUCUCUCUCUACUCGGAAUACGUCGGACCCUACACAACAUAAACGCUGGAGUGAUUGAGGUGGCUCCAGCCUUUUCAUUUCUCACCUGGUUCAUGCCCUCUUCUUCUUCCUCCUCCUCCUCCUCCUACCCCGUUUAGCUGCCUCCAGCUAAUGAGCCGUUUCCCGUGUUUUUCCGGUUGAUUUACGGCCGCGCUGAGGAGGAGAGACAACGACGGAAAGACGGAGAGAAGCAGGGAUUCACAUUAAACGGUCGGUGAACUCGGACGGAGCGCGCGGAGGGGGGGAGGCGGUCGGUUUUGUUUGAAAUUAACGACAGUUGGUUCUAAUACUAACGGCGGAUGGAUUCGUCGCCGUGACCGAGAGCAACCCUCCUCCACGUCCUUACUGUACCCUGGUUGAUCCCUCGAAACGGGGUUUUGAAGAGGAAACGGUUGUAUCCUCCCGGAGAUAACAAUGUUUCCCCAGGGGCGACACCCGACGCCCCACCAGGCUCCAGGCCAGCCCUUCAAGUUCACCAUCCCAGAGUCACUGGACCGCAUCAAGGAGGAGUUCCAGUUUCUUCAGGCGCAAUACCACAGUCUCAAACUGGAGUGUGAGAAGCUGGCCAGUGAGAAGACAGAGAUGCAGAGACACUAUGUCAUGUACUAUGAAAUGUCUUAUGGCCUCAACAUCGAAAUGCACAAACAGACUGAGAUUGCCAAGAGACUAAACACCAUCUGUGCACAAGUCAUUCCCUUCCUCUCACAGGAGCAUCAGCAGCAGGUGGUCCAAGCUGUGGAGCGGGCCAAGCAGGUGACCAUGGCUGAGCUAAAUGCUGUCAUCGGGGUACGUGGACUGCCAGGUCUUCCACCUACACAGCAGCAUCUAUCCCAUAACCACAGUGGUGCCCCUGUGCCCCUCACUCCUCACCCUGCUGGUCUUCACCCCUCUCAGCUGGGUGGUUCAGCUGGCCUCCUGGCUCUAUCAGGAGCUCUUGGUGCCAUCCCACCCCAUCUGGCAGGAAAAGACGGUGGUGAUAAAAAGCCCCACCUGUCUGGACCAGACUCACACAGUGGAGGACCUGAGCACCUGAGAGAGCGAGAGCCUGGCACCAGUAACUCAUUGCUGCCAGAAAGUCUAAGGAACUCAGAUAAGCGACGCAACGGACCUGAGUUUCCAAAUGAUACUAAGAAACGCAAGGUGGAUGACAAGGACUCGAGCCACUAUGAUAGUGAUGGAGAGAAAAGUGAUGAUAAUUUAGUGGUGGAUGUCUCCAAUGAGGAUCCAGCCUCCCCUCGUGGCACACCUCUGCCCUCACCUAGAGAGAAUGGCCUGGAUAAAGCACGUCUUCUCAAGAAAGACCCCUGUAGUCCAGCCUCUACUGCAUCAUCAGCUAGUUCCUCCUCCCUCAAGUCCAAAGAGAUGGCAAUGCGAGAUAAGGCAGGUACACCUGGGCUUAAGUCGAGCACACCCACCCCUAGAGGCGACUCCACCCCAGGUCCGAGCUCCACACCUGGAAUCCGGCCCAGUCUAUCCAAACCCCCCUCCAUGGAGAUACCACAUCCACCCACUGCAGGUUUGCGGACACCCCUUGCUGUACCAGGCCCAUACCCAGGUGCAUUUGGUAUGUUGCCCCAUGCAGCAGGGAUGAACGGUGAACUGGCAGGUGCAGCUGGGGCUGCGGCCUAUGCUGCUGGACUGCACAACAUGUCACCUCAGAUGAGCGUUGCUGCUGCAGCAGCUGUGGCUGCCUAUGGCCGUUCACCCAUGGUUGGUUUUGAUCCUCAUCCUCAUAUGCGAGUGCCUGGAAUGCCUCCCAGUCUGACAGGGAUCCCUGGUGGCAAACCUGCCUACUCUUUUCACGUGGCGGCUGAUGGACAGAUGCAGCCAGUGCCCUUUCCCCCGGAUGCUUUGGUGGGCCCAGGCAUUCCUCGCCAUGCCCGUCAGAUCAACACACUGAACCAUGGAGAGGUGGUGUGCGCCGUUACCAUCAGUAACCCCACCCGACACGUUUACACUGGAGGGAAGGGUUGCGUCAAGGUCUGGGACAUUAGUCACCCCGGAAACAAGAGCCCCGUAUCACAGCUCGACUGUCUGAACCGAGACAACUACAUCCGCUCCUGUCGCCUCCUCCCUGAUGGUCGAACACUGAUAGUGGGAGGUGAGGCGAGCACGUUGUCCAUCUGGGAUUUGGCCACGCCCACUCCCAGGAUCAAGGCAGAGUUAACAUCAUCAGCACCAGCAUGCUAUGCUUUGGCCAUCAGCCCAGACUCUAAGGUCUGCUUCUCUUGCUGCAGUGACGGUAACAUCGCAGUCUGGGACUUACACAACCAGACACUCGUUAGGCAGUUCCAGGGCCACACAGAUGGAGCCAGCUGUAUUGACAUCUCCAAUGAUGGCACCAAGCUGUGGACCGGAGGCCUCGAUAAUACUGUCCGCUCCUGGGAUCUGAGAGAGGGACGGCAGCUGCAGCAGCAUGACUUUACAUCACAGAUCUUCUCUCUUGGCUACUGUCCGACAGGAGAGUGGCUCGCUGUGGGAAUGGAGAGCAGCAACGUUGAGGUGCUUCAUGUCACCAAGCCUGACAAAUACCAGCUUCAUCUACAUGAGAGCUGUGUACUCUCCCUGCAGUUUGCCUACUGUGGUAAAUGGUUUGUGAGCACAGGAAAGGAUAACUUACUGAAUGCAUGGAGAACACCCUAUGGAGCCAGCAUAUUCCAGUCUAAAGAAUCAUCCUCGGUGCUAAGCUGUGACAUAUCUGUGGACGACAAAUACAUCGUCACUGGUUCAGGGGACAAGAAGGCCACUGUUUACGAGGUCAUCUACUAAAAAAUAUGGAAAGAAAGCAAGGACAUCUGUUUUUUUCCCCCCACACACUGAUAUUUCUAGAACUUUUCACCUGGAGCCAGAAAUCACAGACAAGAGUUAUCUUGAUCGCACAUUCUUUUUUCUGUUGUAUCUGCUGAGGACACACAAACCUGUUACUAACUGGAGAAGAUGGAUGUUAAUGGAAGGAGAGGACCUAUUUGGAUGUUGUUGUCUUUACUGCUUUCUGUUUAUGGACUGCACCGGGAUCAGUUACAGGGACCAGACAGUGACUGAACCGAAGGGGGCUCUGCAUUGUUUUGACUGGGACCAGCUUUUCUGGAAAACACUGAACGAAUGAACACUUAAAGAGUUGAAUUUAUAGACAGCAGACAGAGCAGAACGUGGACAGAUAUGGACACCAGAGACAAAGGUAGAGAAGCAACAGCAGAUGAACAGAUGGAUGAACAUUGUAUAGACAGUGAAUGCAGAACAUGGUGGUUUGCAUUUUUAUUCUAGACAGAUAAUGCUCACUCACGGCCUGUUUAUCUCUCAGCUCUGACUCUUUGACCUUAAAACAUCAGCUUGCUGUUCUGAUACGCCCACACUGUCUGAAAAGUACCUUUUCUGUCUUAACAGUAAGUCCGAUCCUCACUAACUGCACUGUAGUGGUAGCUGUCCACGUACACACAUAGUACACACACAGUACUUAGUACUUUUUAAACAUACUGAGGGCCUCAUUGAUUUGUCUAGCGUCAUGCUACUGGAUUAAUUUGAUCCUCAUGAGGCACCGUACUUCCUAAUUCAUACCCAUUUCAGAAUUCACCAAAUAGAAUUUAAAGUCUUCUGUUAUAUGGAGAAAAAAUUGCUCACCAAACCAAAUAAGCUUUGAAAACAGGUGAAUACACUCUAAAUGUUUCUAGGCUUAACUCUGGUUGUUCCGACAAAAGGCGUCUUGUUGUCAUUCUUUUUUUGCUCCUCUAUUAUUUGUUACACUGAUUGAAAGACCAGUUAGUGGAAACCUGAUGGGGAACAAAGAGAUUGAAUUAACACUCAAAUUCCAUUGGUCCUCCUUUUAUAGUGUAUCUGUUUAACAAGAUAUUUCCCUCCUUGUAUUUUUUCACAGCCACAAAUUCUGAAGUCUCCAAAAAUAUUGAAAGAAAACUACAUUUCAAAACAAGAGAGAGAAAAACAACAUAAGUCUUCAUACUGUAAUUUGUUAAGCUACGCUCUAUUAUUGAGCAGCAGUGUGUCAUCAGCUGUACAUUGCUGAUGGGGUUUCACAUUACUGAAUUAACAUGUAGGAGACUCAGCAUUUAUUACUGGUCAGUUGGACAUAACACACAUAACACAAGUUGCUUUUCAACAUAGCAUUGUUGUCUUAAGUCUAGAUGUGGCCCUGCUGUAAAUUUCAAUACAGUUCAUUUGUUUGUGCUCCCUUACAAUAUGUUCACUGAUUGAGGUCAUGGAUAAUUAAAAUGAAUUGUCUCCAAAUCAACUUUUUCCCCUUAAUUUGUAAUUACAAAACAACACGUUACUGUGUUUACUCUUGUAAAUUCACCCCAAUCCUGCCUUUAUCACUCUUUGAAACACAUGAUGUCUUACUCUAUGGAUGGUUAAUCACUGCUUUGUAAACAGGGACCAACUAAGAUUAUCUCAACAUGUGAUUUAAUCCUCUUGUAUUUUUGGAAAUCCAAGUGAAAAAUCCUCUUUUCCAUAUUCACUAAACAAACACAUUUUUUUGCCAGAUAUUGUCACUUGUUUUAAACGUGUUGUUGAAACUGGGACAUCGGCUAAAUAGCCCUGACAAGUAAAAUGUUGUUUUUCCAUGAUUUAAGGAUUACAAACAGGAUUAAAUUAUUCGUCAAGAUAGUCUUAGAGAGGAGGGUAGCACGGGUGCAGUAGUAUUUCAGCUUCAGGAAGGAAUCAGUCAGUGUCAGCCAUUUUAAACUCAUUAAUUUCAUGACUUUGUGCUUAGUUUGUUUUUGUUUUUUUAAAUCUAUUUUUGUCUGUUGAAUAUUUGUAAAAAUGUAUAUAUGUUUUUUUUUCUUACAGGACAUGCUUUAGAAAUAAACUGUUUUUGUACGUCUUUUACAUUGAAAAGAAACAUCUAAUCAGGAGAAAUACUAAAUGGUCUUAAUGCUAGCUAAUCUAUGAUUGAAAUGUCUAGACAAUAAAUGUGUUUUUUUUGUAA